AUGAAGAAGCUGCAGCAGUUGUACCGAAGAGCCGCAAGACAUGUUGACCUAGACUUUGAUGCAACGGAAGUGAUCAAGGAGGGAUGGAUGUGGAAGCAAGGUGAAGUGAAGAAGACGUGGAAGAAGAGGUUGCCCUUGUGCCCUACGAGCAGAUGGUGUGUGCUGACUCCGAAGCAACUGACCUACUACAAGAGCAACGAUUACUCCCACGCCCUCGGCAGCGUCCCAAUCGUUGAUUGUCUGAUGGUGGAGGUUGGGUCUGACAAGACGGUCAGCAGCCUUCCCUCUCAAGACGUGAAGGUCUCCUGGUCCUUCCUCGUUCAGGGCGCGCAACGCACUUUCUACUUCGUGGCGGCGUCAGAGCUGGACAAGCAUGAGUGGAUGCAGGAGAUCGGACAUCUCAUCAUCUGCCUAACAGUCGAUGAAGCUGAUGCAUACAAACUUGGAUGA